AUGGGGGAUGGUAAGGAAUCACAAGGUCAGGCACCCACUGAUUCUUCGAAGACUGCAUCAUCUAACAAGAAAGGAAUGAGUAUGUCGAAGUUGCUUGUUCCAUUUCAAGAUCACUUUCUUGGCCGAGUCACAUAUAGGGAUGGUAGGGCUUUGGUUGAUAUUAAGAAAAGGUUUGUGGAGCUUGGCCUGAUAGAAAGGGCUGAGGAAUCCCCUUUCAAGAAGUUCUUAUUGGCUUCGGAGUUUCAUUUCUUAGGAGUUUUGGUGCAUGAGUUGAUGUUGAGGAAAAUAGCAACUCAAAAAGAAGAUGAGGUGCAUUUCUUUUUGGGCUUGAAGUCCUGUAGAUUCAGCGUAAGAAAUUUUUCUCUAGUAACGGGGUUGAAUUUUAGUUUUGCAGCGUCACAAGCAGAGUUGGAUGAGCAUCUGACCAGUGAUCGCUUGAUAAAUGAGCAUUUCAAUGAUGUUGAGAAAGUAAAGCUCCUACAGCUGGAGAAUGCUUUCAAAACUUGUAUUGUGGUCGAAGAUGUGUACAAGUUGGGUCUCUGUUUGUUGGUUGAGGGGGUUCUAAAUUCCAUAGAGAGAAAUUUGAAUAUAUGGCGAGAUAUACUUAAGAUAAUUAAGGACAUAAACAAUUUCUUCAGCUAUCCAUGGGGGAAGUUCUCUUAUAAGAGACUUUUAAAUUCUUGUAAGAAAGGCAUGCAGCGCCUGAAGGCUAACUAA